AUGCACGGGAUUCAGCCUCACACUCGUCCCUUUCUCGACUCUCCUAAUCCUCCAUCGGCCGGUCCGUCCAUCGAACUCGUAUCUUUCGACAGCACACAACACACCCUCAAAGAAAGAGCAGCAAAUCGGUCAAAUAAAAGACUCCGCAAGCUCGAGCAGCUUGCCGAAAGAGAAGAGAUGAAGUUCUCGCACAGUAUCCAAUUCAACGCCGUCCCGGACUGGAGCAGCAACUACAUCUCCUACAGCAAUCUGAAGAAAGCCAUCUACAGUCUCGAGAAGCAAAUCAACAAACCUCCAGGCGAGGCUCAAGAUGAAGAAAAUACGGCUCUGUUAGGCGGCCACCAGGACCCGGAUACCACGUUCAAGCGCAUGCUCGACUCGGAACUCGACAAAGUAUGUUCAUUCUACCGAUUAAAAGAGCUGGAAAUCUUUGGCGAACUCGAACACCUGUUGAAGGAUGCGGAAAAUUACAAGUUUGAAACAAAUGAUCUAGACAUGGAUGAAGUGGUUGACGUUGAGAAUCGGCGCAAAAUGACCAGGUCGCAAAGUAUAUUCACCGUGCCUUUCCGGCGCAAGAGGAGGGCGUCAACCAUGAGCGUGAGCAUGGAAGAGCCUGAGUUGGACGAUGAUAGCGAUAGUGACGCUGAAGACCACGCCGCCAUGCUGAAGAAGAAACCCUCAAUAAAGCCGAGGAGUAAGAGUGCUUGGAACACCGGGUCUGAUCGUUCAGAUCUGGGAGAGUCGCGGGAAGAUCUGCGCAGGCCUGAAUCACCGACAUACCUCAGAAGAAGACCCAGUUUGGCCAUGGAACUGGAAGGGUCGGAGCCGGGAGUCAUGUCGGCACUGUACGAUUCUGCAAUCACGCUCAAGAAGAGGAUAAUCAAUAUCUACGUGUCGCUGUGCGAGCUGAAAUCGUUCAUCCAACUCAAUCAGACGGGAUUUAAGAAGGCCGCAAAAAAGUACGACAAAGUCUGCAAUCGGGACAUCAGAAAAGACUACCUGGAAAAGGUCGUCAACCCCUCGUACCCUUUUCUAGAGAGUACAAUGGCCCAUCUAGAGGAGAACAUUGGCAAAGUCGAAAAAUGCUACGCCGAUAUCAUUACCAAAGGUGACCAGGAUCUAGCCAGACGAGAACUUCGACUCCACCUUCGUGAGCACGUUGUUUGGGAGAGGAAUACUGUUUGGAGAGAAAUGAUCGGAAUUGAACGCAAAGCGCAAGCAGCGAAUUUCGGAAUCAGACAGACGUUGCUCGGUGGUGUACAAGACCCGUCGAAAGCACGAUUACAAGGAGACCGCGACGAAUCCUUUACCAAGGAGAUCGAUACCCCAGUUGGCAGGUAUAGAUGUCCGAAAUGGCUGUUCAGCUCGUCAUUCUUCGCUCUCAUCGCGAUUCUGGGAAUCUUCUUGGUCCUGCUCUUGGUGCCGAUAAUGAAGAAAACAGAGCAACAGAAUUGUCUGGCAAUGCUGGUCUUCGUUUCCCUCCUUUGGGCAACAGAGGUCAUUCCCUUGUUCGUCACCUCUCUCCUGGUUCCGUUCCUGGUUGUCGUCCUCCGAAUCAUGCGCUCAGAAGACAAACCUUACCACCGACUCGAUUCAAAAGCAGCCACGAAGGCCGUCUUUGCAGCCAUGUGGACGCCUGUAAUCAUGCUGUUGCUCGGUGGAUUCACAAUCGCCGCCGCACUGUCGAAGUACCAUAUUGCGAAAAUGAUGGCCACUUUUGUGCUCAGCAAAGCCGGCACCAAAGCAAGAACUGUGCUUGUUACGAACAUGUUUGUCGGCAUGUUCUUGAGCAUGUGGAUCUCAAACGUUGCUGCGCCGGUUCUGUGCUUCAGCAUCAUCCAGCCCAUCUUGCGCAAUCUACCGGCAGACAGCAACAUGUCGAAAGCGCUGAUCUUGGGUAUCGCACUGGCCUCGAAUAUCGGCGGCAUGGCUUCUCCGAUUGCUUCGCCCCAGAACAUUGUUGCGCUGCAGAAUAUGAAGCCCAGUCCCAGCUGGGGCGUGUGGUUCUUCGUCGCUCUGCCAGUGUGCAUCAUCAGCAUCGUCCUGAUAUGGUUGCUGUUGCUUGUUUCGUUCAAACCCGGCAGGGGAACUACGAUCGUGCCUAUUCGUCCAAUGAAGGACAAGCUCAAUGGGAUUCAGUACUUCAUCAUCUUCGUCACGCUGGUCACCAUCGUGCUGUGGUGCACUUCACACCAACUGGAGGGUGUGUUCGGGGAUAUGGGUGUCAUCGCCAUCAUACCGAUGGUCUUGUUCUUCGGCACCGGGAUCCUUACCAAAGAAGAUUUCAACAAUUUCCUGUGGACGAUCAUCAUCCUUGCCGCUGGUGGACUGAGCCUGGGGCGCGCCGUCUCAUCGUCGGGCCUGUUGCAUACUAUCGCGCGCGGCAUUACGGACGGCGUGUCUGGUCUGUCCAUCUAUGGUGUGCUAGUUGUCUUUGCGGCGCUGAUUCUCGUUGUUGCGACAUUCAUCUCGCACACCGUUGCUGCGCUGAUCAUUCUCCCUCUUGUCCAGCAAGUUGGCGCCGGUAUGAACGAGCCGCAUCCGAAUCUGCUGGUUAUGGGCUCGGCGUUGAUGUGUUCUGCUGCAAUGGGCCUGCCCACGAGUGGGUUUCCAAACAUGACUGCAAUCAUGAUGGAAGUCCCCGAGACAGGUGUCCGGUAUUUGCGGGUCAAGCAUUUCCUCACACGGGGCAUACCCGCGUCAAUAUUUUCGUUUGUGGUCGUCAUCACUGUGGGUUAUGGGUUGAUGUUAGCCGUUGGCUUGUAG